AUGACUGCUCCAAUGGGUAACACUGGCCGCGACUCCUCUGCCACCACCGCCUCUUCCCAAUCCUCCGAACAGAACGGCUCCCGCGGUCUUGUCAGCACGAAUAACGGCGACGGAAACUCGAGCCCCCAGGUCAACGGUCGUCCUGCCAAUGCCGUCGAUGGCGAGGAGCACCCUGAACUGGACGCCUUUGUCAAGGGAUUCUAUGAUGGCGACAAGUUCACCGAUGUCGACAGUCGAGUUUGGGUCUAA